AUGUCUGGAAAUUUGGAGCUUGUGCAAACUCUGGAAGGUAGUGCAGCCUAGGGGAAUUUAGUUCGUAUUAUAUAACUCCCUUUUUUUCAUUAAGAAAAAUUUUAGCACCUCCCGUCAAUCUCCUUAUCGUAAUCCUUGCAACUGUUUGGGGUCUUUUAGGUCACGAAGACAGAGUAUGGUCUGUUUGUUGGAAUCCCUCUGGAACAUUAUUGGCAAGCUGUGGAGGAGAUAAAACAAUAUCAUUAAAGUUGCAGUUACAUUUUCUUCAGACGUUUAUUUUAUUUAAGUUUGAUUAAUGAAAUUAGUCUAGUUUUGUCUAGUUUUUGCACCAAAGAAUACUGGAUUAAUUAGACAUUACCAAAUGUUAUUUUUUUGUGGUCAGUGAAAUUAUUAUGUUUUUUUAAAAUUGACGAAGUAUACAAUUUGCUUGAAUAAUUUUAGAUGUAGUAGUAUGAUUCUGAAUAAAUUUAAUCCAAUAUGUAAACAACUUUUCUUUGAAUAUUGUUUCUUAACUUGAACACAUUCGUCUCUGGGGUAAAGAGGGAGACAAAUGGGUUUGUAAAACAGUACUUGAAGAUGGACAUCAAAGAACCAUCAGAUCAGGUGAGAAUGGUAAAAUGAAUAUAAUAAAAAAAUUUAUAAUAAUACUACUACUACUACUACUACAAAUAAUAAUAAUAAUAACAAUCAUAAUAUCAUAUGCGAAUUUAACAAUUGACAUUCUGCUAGGUGGCUCUUCUUGUCCACUGUUUCCAGACUGAAUAGGAAUUUGGGGUAUUAAUACACAAUAAUUUCUGAUGAUUUUGUUUUUUUAUAUCUGUGGAAGAGUGGAAAAAUAUCACGAUGGCCUUGAUAGGUAUUUCAGUUAAAAACUGAAAAUAAAUGCUUAUUUUGAUUGUUUGUUUUAGUGGAUUGGUCUCCAAAUGGGAUGUACCUAGCUUCUGCCAGCUUUGAUGCAACUAUCUGUAUUUGGGAUAAAAACAGUGGAGGUAGAUAUAUAAAGAUCAUACACUCCAUAAUUAUUCUCCAAUGUAGUAAUUUAGUAUCUAAGGUUAAAGUUGUGGUUAAUGUUGCAUUGAAAUACAACCAACUAACCAUGCAAAGUUUCUUUACAAAAAUUGUUUGAAACAGCCAACAUUACUACUUUAAGGUACAUAUAUCUGCAGUGUAACAUGUACAUGUAUAAUCAGCGUAGUAAUGUCGGGUUACUGGAAAACCACUAUGAUGAGUACACUGAAACUUACUGAUUUUUACAAGAACUUUUGUCUUUUGUAUGAUUUAUCCUAUGAUUGACUUUGUUGGGAUUAAUAAAUUGAUAUGAAAUAUUUUAUUGAUUUUAGAGUUUGAGUGUAAUGCCACUCUCGAAGGACACGAAAAUGAGGUCAAAUCAGUAGCCUGGAGUUCUUCAGGAUCAUUCAUUGCAACUUGUGGAAGAGACAAGAGUGUUUGGAUAUGGGAAGGUACCAACAAUACAAAUAAACAACAAUGGCUGCUUGUAUCUACAUCUCUGCCACCCUGUUUCUUACAUGCAUUUUUAUCCAUCAUCAUUGACUGACUGGCACAUUAACUCAGACUUUGACAGCUAAUGUGAGAAAAAUCAGUAUGGGUUGGGCAGGGUUGGACUCCACUCAUCUUCUCAGGUGUGAAACUAGUCUGAAAACCUGUAAAUUAAUUUUGUGAUGUGCUCAGUAUAUAUGUAAGAACCUCCUUCUGGAUAUUGUGGAAAUUAAAAGGAAUAAUUAUUGCUGAAAGGAGCAAUGUUAUAAUUAUCUCCUACAUUUUUUAGUGCAAGAAGACGAUGAGUAUGAAUGUGCAAGUGUUCUUCACAGUCACUCACAGGAUGUGAAGAGAGUUGUUUGGCAUCCAGACAAGGAGGUCAGAGCAAAAUUGUGUAGUACUUAGUAACAACCAUUAAAUGGGAUCUUGUUGGUUAAAAGAGAAGCAGUGCUUUGUCAAGGUUCCUUACUGGAGGUAUACAUAUAUGUAUACUGGAGGUAAACAUAUUGAUUUUAUAUUUCUUCUAUUGUGAAUGACUGGUUAUUACCAAUUCUUUACAGAUUCUGGCAUCAUGCAGUUAUGAUGACACAGUCAAACUUUACAAGGAAGAUGAUGAUGAUUGGUUAGUUAGCCAUCUAAAAUUUCUUAAAUUAAGGAAUGUGAGAGAGAGAACCAUAGUGCUUCAUAUAUGUUAAUAAUUGCAUAAAAGUAAUGCCUUUAUACAGGCCUAAGAGGCCCAUGGGGCUGGUGCUUAGCUCUGGUUUCCUUAGCAUGAAACGGCUAGGAGUAUUGCUACUCCCCCCCUGGAUGGGAUGCUAGUCCAUUGCAGGGUUACCCCCAGGAUGUUUGCUGGUACUCAUUUGUACACCUGGGUGAAGAGAAGCGCUGUGAGAGCAAAGUGUCUUGCCUAAGAACACAACACAAUAUCCCCGGCCAGGGCUUGAACCCAGACCACUUGAUCCGGAGUUGAGUGCGCAAACCAUGAGGCCACCACACCUCCACGAAUAAUUGUAUAAAUCUUACAUUUUAUUCUCCAGAGCCUUGAUGUUCUGGGGUUUAUUGAUUGAGGAUGAAUAAAAGAAUUUUGAGAUAAUCUAGUGUUAUAAAACAGAGUUGAUAAUAAUAAUGUAAAUUGACCACUGUAAAGAGUUUCUAAGCUGACAUUUCCAUUGUUAGUCCUUUGUCAGAGUGAAUGACUGGAAGGGCUAAGGCUCGAAACAUCAGCUUAGAAACUCUUUGGAGGAGCCAAUUUACAAUAUCAGCUAACUUUAUGAAACCACACUAUUUUGUUAUACUCCUCCCCCAAUUUAAACAGCACCAUUGUUUCUUUAGAAACUUAUCUUCUUUGUUCAUGUAAAAUAUUGAGAUUGGGUAACAAAAUUGAAUGGUAGAAAUUAAGAUUAUUCAGAGCUAUUGCUGCACGAUAGGCCAUUGGUCAAAGCCAUGUUUGUUUUUUCUUAAUUCUUUCACUCCUGGUAUUUUAUUUUUAAUUUGUACUUUUCAAAACAGGUCUUGUUUUGAUACUUUGGAUGGCCAUGAGGCAACAGUAUGGGCCAUAAGUUUUAAUCACACUGGUGACAGGCUAGGUUGGUGAAAAAAGUUGAUGAAUUAAUAGGCUACUUUGACUGUUUUUAUAUUUUCCUUACAACAGUGCUGUAAAUGCUUUUUAUUAAUAUUCUUUACAGUUUCAUGCAGUGAUGACAAAACAAUAAGAAUAUGGCAGAGUUAUGAACCAGGGAAUCAAGAAGGUAAUGAAAUAUUACCUUCUAUAUACUAUUAAGUAAUAAAAAAAUGGUUGUUAUACCAAAAAUGACUACAUUUAGACAAACAAAGAACAAAAAGUGAUUAGUUAGUAAAGGUGCUUGUCUUGUGAUCUGGUGGUCCCAGAUUCCAGCCCUGCACCAUGCUGCUUACUGCUAACAGUAGCUUAACCAACUGUAGAUUUGUUCUUGGCACUAAGAUUUUAAUUUGGUCCUAAAUUUUUCUCUGGUAACAUCAUGGUAUUUAACGAACUGGUCUUUCCCCAGCCAGUUGGGAUAUUUGAAUGAUUGAUUUCUUUUGGAAUAUUUAAUUUUUUUGGCCCUGAAAAGUCUACAUUUUGGGAGAAGGGUGGUCAGUUACAAGAACUAAUUUUCAUCAUCAUUAUCAUUGCUAGACGUAGUUUUAGUAUCACUAGAAAUGUUACUUAAGAGUGGUUAGCAAAGCUAAUUGUUGACAAUUAGCUUUGUUAAGGUGCAUUUUUGAUUGAAUUAAGAAUUCUCAACCCAGUUAAAAUACAAUUCCUACCAGGUGUUGUCACAAAUGGAAGCGACCCAAAAUGGAAGAGUGUUUGUGUGUUGUCUGGUUAUCAUGACAGAACUAUUUAUGAUGUUCACUGGUAGGUGUAAAUUUGUUCACCAAUGGAGUGAAAAAUUAAUGGUUCUUUCUGGCACUUUGGAAUUUGUGACAGUUUGUGAAUGAAAUACUCAAAGGAAAGAGAAAAAAAUGCAUAGGGCAGGGAAAUAGAAAGUGUUCUGUGGUCCUUGCUUCCUUUUUUAUUCCAGUAAUUAGUUCCUCCCAUUUCUUUUGCAAACCUGUGCCCUUGGUAUUGGUGACUUCAAAGAACACUGUCAGAAGUCAGAUUAUUCUCAAAUCUCUGUAAGAUUUUUUUCCAACAAAUAAAGUUUUUCAUCACAGAUAGAUAAAGAUUACAGUUAUGCUGUGCUUAUAUUACUGCAGGAGUAUUUCUCUCUUCUCUUUCCUUUUAAAAUCAGGUCUCCUGUUGAAGAUGUCAUAGCAACAGCAGGGGGAGAUGAUUGUCUCAGAGUAUUUCAACAGGUUAUGGAUUUUUUUGUUAAAUUCAUGCUGGAUUUUCAUGAGGAUAACUUUGUUGGUUAACAUGAAAACUAAUUACUAGUAUGUAACUUGCCCUUAGGAAUAGAUGAUAAACAUUUUGAAUGUAUUUUAAGGCUUUUCUGUUUUAUUGACUGAAAGAUUAUCACUAAGUGAACAUGCUUUCUUUUGACAGGAUGUUACUAUUGAUGACAAGAAUAAACCUUCAUUCCAGCAAGUAGCAAUUCAGCGAGAGGUGUUUAUCAUCCUUUCUUGCUUUUGUUUAAAAUAAGAUUGUUAAUUAUUUGUAUUUCUUAUCGCAGAAGGGUGGGGGUGCUAGAAUAGGUUCAAGAAUGGACAGAUUUUACCAUGCUAAGUGUGACAAUUGGGGACUUUGGAUCAGCUGCAAAUUUUAUCCUAGGGACCAGACUGUCUCUUAAAGUUUGGAUUACUUUUCUCUGGUGCUAUCAAUGCUGCUAGGUUAAAGGAAGCGCUGCAUGGCUUGAAAUGGUAGCUCCUAGCUGGGGUUCAGACAUGACAGAUAUGCAUGUGGGAUGGCUCACCUGAUGAAAUGUGAAGCAGUGGCAGAUGAUAGACAUGUUGAUGCUUUAGAGAUAUUAUUGUUGCCAUCUCUUGGUGUGUGAUGCAACAGGACUGGCCAUGGUCUUUCUCUUUUGUUGCCAACAUGCCAAAAUCUGUGAAAGCCGUAUGAUAAUUCCACUGAAAAUCUCUAGACAAUACCUUUUUGCAGAUAUAUUAUGUGAACUAGUUAUAUCUGGCCAUUCUCUAAACAUACAAUGAAUAAACUAAAUGGUAAAUAUCUUGGGUAGCGAUAGGAAAGAAGCACUUACAAGAUGUGUGUGUGUGUGACAUUAACCUGAAUCAGUCCGAUGUUAAUAGUGAUUGAUUAUUGCCUUUGAAUCACAUAAGUUUUUUAAUUUAAUUCUUAAUACAGGCACAUUCCCAGGAUGUUAAUGGAGUUAAAUGGCAUCCUAAGGAGCCAGGCCUCCUAGCAUCAUGUUCUGAUGAUUGUACUAUCAAGAUCUGGAGAUUAACAGAAUCAUAACAUAAAGCUCUGUCCCCUCCAUGGUAGCUUCUCUGCUCAUCCCACUACUACAUUGUGUGGAAUAAAUCUUGUGGAAUGGUGAUCUCAUUAUUAAGAUGUACAGAAGUAUCUGUUGGUUGAUGGAAAACUGCAACAGAAACAGCAAAAUGCACUAUCACUGAUAGAUAUCAGACUCACAGACUUAACAAUAAUAGGAUUGUCAGUUAAGAUGAUGUGCAAAACAUGAAUUUGAAAUAAAUUCUGCUACAGCUUUGUGAAGAAAAAUAAUACUGCCAACUCUCACUCAAGGGCUACUCUUGCAGUGACUGUCUAUAAUAAAACUUUACUGAUUUGAAGUUUCUCAAGAUGGAACUUAUUUCUAAGAGCAGUUUCCUUUGCAAAAGCCAAGAGUGAAUAAGUGAGCUUGCUGUAAUAUUAAUGACUGGAACUUUGUUGCAAUUAGUUGGUGGAUCUAAUCAGUGUUUUCAAUUGGCUCUUUGUGCCAGUCUUUUUUGAAUGUGAUCACCCCUUCCCUGCCCUAAAGGUGGUCCCUUACGAAAUAGUUGACCAUUUCAAAUGAGAAUUUUAUAGCUAUGCAGAAAGCACUUUAAUUCUACCUAGAGGUAGCAAACAGCUGAAAGACUAGCCUGUAUAUCUGGGGAUCACACCAGCUUUUUGCAAGUCAGUUCCUGUGUCUUCAGAUGAUUGCAUGAAGCAGUUGGUGAAAGAAAUUAUUCUCUAUAGCUAGUGUGACAUUUCAUAAUUUUACUGUCAUGCCUGCACAGCUGAGUAUUUAUUAGACAUUUCAGGCACUCCUAUGGCAGCACCUUUUCUUUCAUCAAGUUCCCUGAAUAUCUCUAGCUGCAUAUUACAGGGUGCCUUGGGUAUGCAAACUUUAUGGCAGUCCCAUCACUCUACUGAGGGAGUAUUAGCUGCAUAUCAACAACUGAAAUAGAUAGCCUGUUGAUACUUGCAUUGUGGGCUGUUAGAUGAAUGCUAAGUCAAAAAAUUAUAACCAGGGAGAAAUGAAGAGGAGUAGAUGAAACAUUCGUAGGGAAAAGUAUUUUGUCAAAUUUUAGAGAUAGUACAAGUUGACUCCUCAAAUCGGUGAAGGGAUCCCUGCCAUACAAAGUAUUCACAUCCUAGGCUCCAUGAGGUGAAGAGGUUAGUGAUCAGGGAGCCCAUAUUAAAUUGCAUAAUGGUUUGCUUCUAGUAUAGAGCUUUCACAUGCUCUUAUUAUUAUCAUGACAAGUUGGUGUUCUUCCCUUACAUCCUGACAUUUGGACACUUCUAUUGACCACAGAAUUUGUUUUUGGAGAGAAUGUGAGAGGUAUGGACCAUUCUCUCUCAGUUGAGAUGCAUCAGGAGUCUGAUAACUCCGAGGCUAUGGAAUACAUGUACAGUGUUCUCCUUUUCAGGCAGCAACCAGUACCAUUUACUACCUGUAGUACCUCUGAUUACCGUUUAAAAUUACUUGGAAUUCUUGAAAAUUCAACAGGC